AUGUUGUUGUUCUCGCCGGAGCCGCAGCCCCGAGCGCGGGCAGCGGGGAGCCGGGCCGGGGCCGCGCGGCGGCGGCGGCGGCGGCGGCGGCGGCGGCUACUGCGGCUCCUGCGGCUGCGGGGGCUGCUCCGGACGCUGCGGGCCCGGCCGGGCGGCGGCGGCGCCGGGCGGCGGCGGGGCGCGAUGGCGCUGUGCGGGCCGGCGGCGGGCGCCGCGUCGCUGCCGAGCGAGCUGGUGGUGCACAUCUUCUCCUUCCUGCCCGCGCGCGACCGGCUGCGCGCGUCGGCGUCCUGCUCGCACUGGCGCGACUGCCUCUUCUACCCGGCGCUGUGGCCGCAGCUGCGCGUCGGCCUCCGCGUGUCGCCCCUCGAGCAGCCGCGCCUCGAGUUCCUCAUGCGCAAGUGCGGCUGGUUCGUGCGGGAGCUGCGCGUCGAGUUCGCCGCCGAGAACUACCUCAGCGGCGGCCCCGGCGACGCCGACCCCGGCCCCGGCCCCGGCCCCGGCGACGACCUGGAGGCCCUGCAGCUCUCCGCGCGCUGGCUGGAAGUGCUGCGCACCUACUUGGAGCUGGUGCUGUGCGUGCUCGUCAGCAUCCGCAACAACAGGAACCUCCAGAAGUUUAGCCUUUUUGGAGACAUAAGUGUUCUACAACAGCAAGGAAGUUUGUCAAAUACAUACCUCAGCAAGGUGGACCCUGACGGUAAAAAAAUUAAACAAAUUCAGCAGCUCUUUGAAGAAAUACUCAGUAAUAGUAGGCAACUAAAAUGGCUUUCCUGUGGGUUUAUGCUGGAAAUAGUAACCCCAACAUCACUGUCAUCUCUCUCAAACUCGAUUGCCAACACCAUGGAGCACCUAAGUUUACUGGACAACAAUAUUCCGGGUAACAGCACCCUUAUCACCGCAGUGGAACUGGAGCGAUUUGUGAAUCUGCGCUCACUUUGCCCUGGAUUUCUGUGACUUUUACAGCUGAGAUGGCAAGAGGUCUUAACUGAUAGCAACCAUGUGCCUUUGCAGCGAUUGUCUCUUCUAGUCCACAAUGUUUCUGUGAUGCACAAGUCUCUGGACAACAUGCCAAAUGAUGAGCAUUGGAAAGCCUUGUCACGGAAGAGUACCAGCCUCCGGGUUUAUAUCAUGGCAUUUGAUAUCAAGAGUGAGGAUAUGUUAAAGAUUCUGAAUCCCAGUAUACCAUUAGAGCGGAUUCACUUUGACAGCUACAUUACUUGUGUUUCUGGGGCUAUUGUUGAUCUUAUAUCCAGGGCAGUAUGACAAGUUCCUCACAUCAUUUUUAUAUUAAUGAAUGAUGUAAUUGACACGUGCUUCCCAGAUCUCAGUGAUAACAGAAAUGAGGAUCCAUUGGUCUUAUUAGCAUGGAGGUGCACAAAGCUCUCUCUUCUGGCAAUUCACGGUUAUACAGUGUGGGCACACAACCUCAUUGCCAUUGCUCGUCUUCGUGGCUCUGAUUUAAAAGUGCUUGAAGUCACUGAAGAAAGCAUUGAUUUUGACCAAGGUGAAUUGGCCGAGGAUGUGGAUCCAGUACAUAACCUUAUUGAGCAGGUCCUGGGCCUGGGUCAACCUUGGCAUGCAGUCAUGGACAUCGAAUCACUCAGUGUCUUCACUGAACCCAAUCGUCAUUUUUACAGAGAGAUGCAAAGCUUCAGCGAAGACAUUUAGUUUUUUCUUUUUUAAUGUACAAUUCCUGUGGUUACAUAUGCAAGUAGGGUCCUAUUAUGUUUUAUUUCAGUAGUAUGAAUUAAUCCCUUUGUGCUGUGUUUAAUCAGUAUUAGUUGUUUAUAAGAAUUAUAUGUGUAUAUUCUACUUCUUGAUCAAAGAACAUAGUCGGGUAUUGGUUUAGAAGUUCAAAGUGACAUUGUAUAGGGCUUUCAUGGUUAACGAACAUGUUACCAAACCUUAAGGACAUAUCUGAG